AUGUCCCUUUUGUCGAAACGCGAAACCUAUCCGAGCACGCAACAACCAAGUCGCUCACGUCAUCGCGAAACUGCAAUUGACAUCGAGGGACCAGAUGAAAUAUCUUCCGAAAAUGUGGACAUCGAAACUGGAUUAUCGAAUUCGAGAUGUCGAUUAAUGUAUAAUUUCGAAGAAGAACGACCAACUUCUCUUGCAAUGUCGUUGCAUGAGAGUGCGAGGAGUUCAGUGAGAAAAGCGAAAUAUUAUUUUUCUUACUAUACGCGACCGUUGAAAAAAAUAAUAGGAUCUUUAAAAUUACUCAUUAUUAUAGCACUAUAUUCAUUCUUAGGAGCUCAUUUAUUUAUGUAUUUGGAGGUUCCCACUGAUAUCGAGGAGAAAACUCAACAAUAUCAUAAACGACUUAUAGCAAGAGAAGUGAUGAUUUUGAAUUUGAGAGCGAUUCAUUAUGAAAACAAAGAAAAUCGAGAGGAACGAUGGAAGAACGCGAUAAUCAAUUUUGAGAAUGAUUUGGAACUUGAUGAACCCGAAAUCGCCACAGUUUGGACAUUCUGGAUGUCAUUUUUGUAUGCUGGAACCAUUUUCACAACAAUUGGCUAUGGAAACAUCUCAUGCAAAACACGUGCCGGCCAAAUUGCAACCAUGGUUUAUGCAUUUUGUGGUAUCCCGAUAAUGCUUUUAAUGCUGAGUUCUCUGAACAAUUUUCUUUUAAAAUGGAUUAAAAUAUUGACAAAUUGGUGCUCGGAUCUUAUAUUAUAUAUUGGUGUUCGAACCGGCAUAAUUUCAAUACGACAGGAUGAAGUGCAGAAACGAUUACGAUAUGCUAGUUUUUUAAAGAAAAUGCACCAAUUAGGAUUUAUUAAAGAAGCUAGACCGACAAGUAUUAUGGUUUCACAGUCUGAAGAAGAUCAUUUGAAUUCUGGAAAACAGGAUGAAGAAGAAGAGGGCGAAAUCGAAGAAACUCCUCCAGUCUAUUCCACACUUUUUGCCACGGUUUCGUGGAUUAUGCUGUCUGCAGCGGUUUUUUGUCUUUUCGAAGAAUGGUCUUACUUCACUAGUUUCUAUUUCUGCUUCAUUUCUCUAACCACAAUUGGUCUCGGCGACGUUACUCCGGCAAAUCCGGAAUACAUGAUUGCGACAUUCGGUGUCGUUCUCGUUGGACUCUCAAUGCUCACAGUGUGCAUCGAUGUGAUCAAAGAGAAAAUCGCGCAGAUGUACAUGGCACUUCUUCAGAAGCUUUUAAAAGAUUAUAUGGAAGCUGUGAAGAACGGUGAUCCUAAUGCCGCCACAACAAUGAUGGCGGGAUUUCAAGGAAAGGCAAAAUUUCUAAUGCCGUUGAUAAGUAAAAACGAAGGAACAAAAGUAAUGAAUAAAUUUAAGGAAAAUUGUUCAAAAAAGGGAAUCGAUCCACCAGCUGUUCUGACUGAUAUCAAUUUGGAGACAGGAAUGCCGAACUUUGUCUCGGCUUCGAGAGAUGAGUUUAAUGACUACAUUGAAGUGGCUGAGAAACGGCAUGCUGAAGAAAUAAAUCAGAAUCAAACGAGCUCUCGAAGACCGUCUCUUCCAAAGAUGGUUUCCACAUGCGGUGCCUCAACUCAGGCUGGCCAUGGCAUUUCAGAUAUCGAGUCUUCUGACGAAGGAAUCCAAACUGAUUGGAGCGAUAGCGAGGUUGCCUGCCAGACAUUCACAACAACUUCCACAUUUGGUACGCAGUUUGGAAAACCAUUGCCACUUUUGGUCGACAGUUUCACACAAUACGAAAUUUUGAAAUCCGCUUCCGUUGGAAUUCAGCCGGAAGUGUCUUCAAUUUAUUUGGCUAACGAUUUCGAUGACGACGAAUCUGAUCCAUUCAGUGAUUAUGAAACCGAUUCUGAAAGUGGCGAAGAGAAGAAAGAAGAUGAUGUCCUAGUUGGAAAACAAUUUAUGAGCGAGACGAGAUUGCAAUCUCAAGGUCUGAGUUCGCCGCCAAUUGAGAUAGAUCCAGUAGAGUCGGAUAGAGAUAUUUCUCAAUCGACAGUUGGACAAGAAGAUGAAAAUACACUUCCAAUUCCUUUAAAAAUGGCAAAAUCUGGAUCAAUUGAUUCGGCUGAGACAGUAAUUCAUAUGGGCGAAUCGCCGGAUGCCGUUAGUAGCUUACAAAGACAAUCGAAAAUGAAACGAAGAAAGAGAAGGGAAAAGAGUAAAAAGAAUCAUGAAUUAAGAUUCUUGAAAUCGUCCGGCAAUCAAGCAUCACCUAUUAUUGUUGAUAGUUCAACUCAGUAUGAAGUGUUCGUCGUCGAUGCUUCAAUUGAAACUAUUUUGGUGGAAAAAAGGAAUAGACGAUGUCAGACGAAACUCGCGAGCAUUAAUCGAGAACAACUUCACGGUUUUCGAGAAUCCAUUAAGAGGAAAAAAAAUAAAGCAAGUAUAAAUCGAUCGGACAGUACGGAGUCUGAUUUUUCAAGUCGUGCAAGCAAUUUUGGCGAUGAAGUUGAACAGAUCAGCGUUGAUUUGUCAAUAAUAUCUGUUGGAGUUAAUGAAAAGGGCGAAAUCGUCGAUCCCGUUUUAUUAUCAGACGAAGAAGAUAUUUUGAGCUUAGACAAUCUGGAAAUGUUUGCGAAAAACAGUUCUAUGCAAACUGAAACGAGAGAAAUGCUUGAUAAACAGGAGACCUCAACAGAAUGCUUGGUACUUUCUGAUUCCGCGGUUCAAACAUCCCUAGAACUAACAAAUGUAGCAAUCUCUCCCAUUGAUUUCGACAACAUUGAUAAUUGGGGUGUGCUAAAUCAGGAUAAUGCUGAUGUUCAAAAUGGUCCGUUAUGGUCCGAUUUCGAUUAUGUAGCGGCGACUUAUGAUGAAGACGGAAAACAAAUUUUCGAUUUUGAUGAAUCUAAAGGCAGCUUGUUUGAUGAAGAAGAACCUCAUAAGAAUGCUCAACCAACAACUGAUAGUGCUGAAAUUAAAUAUGUUCCGGUAUUUGAAGAAAUAUCAGUUCAAACUGAAUCUCCCGAAUAUGAAAAUAUUGCCGUCCAAACUUCUUUUAAUGUGGAUCCACCUGAGGUUGAAAAUGCUGGAAUGCAAACGUCUCAAGUUCUUGAUGAGCCAGAAUAUCAAUCGUCAGAUAUUUCUGAUGUUGAACGACGACGACAGACAGAGGAUCGGAAAUCGAAAAAAGAUGAGGAAUUGCCUCAAUCAAAAAAGAAAAUCAAGAAAAAACUCAAGAAGAAAGUAUAUGUAAAAGAAUUGGAUGAAGAACGACGUUUGAACAUGUCUGAUAUAGGAAUUCAGACUGGUGUUUUGGCAAGGGUUCAGCACAUAUACACACUGCCAAUGUCGGAUGAAUCAGCGCAGAAUGCUGGAGUUAAUCCUGCUGCUAUUACUGUUCGCAAAUCGUCGGAAUCUUCAGAAGUUGGCAGAGGAAGCAGCGAAUCAUUGGCGCUUUCUGUUCCAACUCUAUCAAACUCCGAAUCCCUUGACGAGAAAACAUGGGCAGGGACGAAGACGAAUCCGUUCACUUCCAGGGGCUCAUCUCUGAAACUGCGAAAAACAAAGACAAUGCAAGACGUGGAACGAAAAAUCGAUAAAACAAACUUAGUGCAAGAAAUAAGAGCUCGAUUCGAGAGUAAGUCGCCAACACCUCCAACUGAUGAUGGUCAAUCUUCGUCAUCGAAAAAAUAA